CAGACUCUCAGACUCUCAGAGUCCCAGACUGCAGUCACGCAGCAAACGGUCCGACGCUUGGAUUUGGGGGCCAGAGCCAAACGGUCAGACGGUCACGGCCCGGUGAGCUCCAAAGUUAAUGCGAUUGCACUCUCGCGAUCUCAUUUACGGAGCGCACAUCACUGCCCAGAGUGGUAUACUUCCGGAGGCAGCUUACGUCGUUGGUCAAGCAUCCUUCUCCUGCGAGGCUCUUGGGACCAAUUGACGGAGAUUCGCUUUGUUCCCCCGCCCUUUCUCCGCACGAUGAGGUGACAUCCACCGGAGAUUCAUUCCUUGCACUUGGUGGACUGGUCCGGUCCCCAAUCCACGAUUCACUCGCGCAGUCCAUGGCCGCCAUUCCCGGGGAAACUAUAAAGGAGAAAGCUUCCCCGGCAAUGCCCUCGCCCUCGCCGCUUAGGUUCCUGGUCUGUCCCGCGCGUUUCUCUCCUCGCGUCGCCCUUCUCUAUUGCUACGUCUUUGUCGGAGUGUCUGCGCUCCUAACAUACAUUAUGUAUUUCAAACAUUCUACCCCAGCCUUCCUCCUUGGGCUUCUGGCCUCGACGCAGGAUGUCGCCGCUUUGCCCCAGGCCGGUUCAGCGCCUCAGCCUCCCAGCGCAGACCCUUACAAGGUCUACACCAUCAGCGCCAACAAUAUCACCGCUAAAUUAAUCCCCCAUGGGGCGCGCUUGACCUCAUUGCUUGUUCCCGACCGCGACGGAGCCCCUCAGGAUGUUGUUGUAGGCUACGAUGACACGACCAAAUACAGCGCCGACACGAAUUUCUUCGGCGCAGUCGUCGGCCGCUACGCCAACCGCAUCAAGAACGGCACCUUCACCAUCGACGACAAUGAGUACCACAUCCCCAAAAACGAGAAUGAUGGCCUCGACACUCUUCACGGCGGCGACAUCGGCUAUGACCAGCGCAACUGGACUGUAACUGCCCAGACUAACUCCUCGAUCACUUUCUCCUUCUACGACAAAGCCCUGCAGGGCUUCCCCGGUGACGUUCUCACCCACGCAACAUACACCGUCGACAACGACAACCUUUCGGGCUCCCCACAGCUCACCACCAAGCUUGUCUCUCUAGCCCUAACCGAGACAACACCCAUCAUGGCCGCCAAUCACAUCUACUGGAACCUCAACGGCUUCCGUGAUGCAAACGUCUUAGACGAUGUCACUCUCCAGCUGCCCCUCAGCUCACGCUUCAUUUCCACCGACGGGAUCCUCAUCCCCAACGGAAAAAUCUCCACCGUGGACGCCUAUGAUGGCUCUCCAGACUUCACCUCGCCGAAGCUCGUCGGCAAGGAUAUCGAUUCCGCUGUCGGCCUCUGCGGCACCGACUGCACAGGAUACGACAACUGCUUCAUCGUCGACAGACCAACAGGGUACGCUGCCGACGCGCUCAUCCCAGCCGUCCAUAUGUCCUCCAAGAACACAGGUAUCACCCUCGAUGUCACAACAAACACUCCGGCGAUCCAAAUCUACAGCUGCAAUGGUCAGGAUGGAUCCGACCCUGUUAAGCCAUCGCAGAUCCAGCGCGUCAAGGAGGCGGGCUUCAAUGGUCCCACCACCCUCGACAAGAACGCUUGCGUUGUGAUCGAGACCGAGGGAUGGAUUGAUGGCAUCAACCAGCCUGGUUGGGGUCAAACCGACAACCAGAUCUUUAGCCCGGGCGGCUUGCCCGCGGUUAAUUUGGCGGUUUAUAAGUUUGGAACGGCCUAAGCUCCGGAUCUAAUCGGGUCGUAUUGUAGGAUCAAAUAUCCAUGGGCUACGUAGCGUACCUCGUUUUCAGGUACUAUAUGAAAUUUAUCUAAUUAAUUAAUUGGUUUUAAAUUGAAAGUUUUCGUCGUAUGCUAUAUAUGUAUUUGUAUAUUACUUCCCAAAAAGGAAUGCAACCAAAUUGUAGAUUAUACUGUAGUAUUG